CAAAAGUGCAGUCAGCAGUCUGAGUUCAGGUUAAUUUAUCCUGAAUUUGGAGGACCAUGGGGGACGGCACUAAAUCUCUGCGCUACGAGCUCCUGGCAGAAAUAGGAGAGGGCUCCUAUGGUAAGGUGUAUAAAGCCAGAGAGGUGGGAGAGAAACAGCGCCUCCUAGCGGUGAAGAAAUUCAACAUCCGCGGACACACGUCAGAGAACGGGAUCCCUGCCUUCAUGAUCCGCGAGGUGGCGCUGCUGUGCAAGAUGAAGUACUUCAACCAUCCCAACAUAGUCAAGCUGUUGGAUGCGUCUGCCGUACGAGUGGGCCUGAGCUUGGACCUCACUCUGGUGUUGGAAUACAUUGACCAGGAUCUGUCUACGUACCUCUCUAAGGUUCCUGCUUCUGGACUGAACCGAAACUGUAUUAAGGAUGUGAUGCUGCAGUUGCUGCAAGGAUUGGACUUCUUGCACACAAACAUGGUGCUGCAUCGUGACCUAAAACCAGAAAACAUUCUGGUCAGCAGCCUCGGAGAAGUCAAGAUUGCAGACUUUGGGCUGGCACGCAUCUACACCUUUAAUAUUGCUCUCACUCCAGGUGUUGUGACGCUGUGGUAUCGUGCUCCGGAGGUGCUGCUGAACUCAGUGUACAUGUCUUCAGUGGACAUGUGGAGUGCUGGCUGCAUCUUGGCUGAGCUCUACCUUUUGAGACCACUGUUUCAGGGAUACACAGAGGUACAACAGCUGCAAAAAAUCUUUGAGGUUAUCGGUUUGCCCAGUAACGAGGAGUGGCCUCAGGAUAGCCCCAUCUCCUACUCAGUCCACUGGGGACCAAAAAGCCCCUGCACCAAGCUGCUGCCCAACCUGGACCCAGAUGAGACCGACCUACUAUCUCAAUGUCUGGCAUUCAGACCAAGUAAUCGCAUCUCAGCUGCAAAAGCCCUGGUUCACCCUUUCUUCAUGAAGCACUGAGGAUGUCAGUCGAUUGACGAGCGGGGAGCAAAAAACUUACGGUUUCUCUGCUAGGAGCAUCCACGAUCUGCAGUCAGCCACACUAACGAGUCACGUGCCGUAAAAUAAUCGUACGCUUUGUUGAGAGCACUUGAAAGCUUUUAACAUCAGUUCAUCAGCAUCAUGAGAGACUGUGGUCACGAUGGAGCGGAAUAAACCUUUUGUACCUUUUGAAUAUUAGAUAAUAAAAAUACAUCGUACCUGACUUAUUGGACGUGGCUCUUACGGCACAAAAAUCUGUAGCUUUAGGUGAGAGUGGAAAUGUCCUAAUGGCAGCAUACAUUGUACCAGCACAUAUGUUUUGAUACUUUUUCUAAAUAUGUAUUUGGUUUUCAAUGUAACAGUUUUAUUUACUUAGUUGUUUUAAUUUCUAAAUGUGACCUGCCUUCAUAAAAACUGGGUAACAGUAUUCUUUGAUUUUGAUUUUUUCUAGCACAAAAACACGAUGUUUUCAAUCAUACUUUGUUAUUGUUAAGUGUUACUAUUGAAAAUAUGGAUGCUGUUUGCUGCUAACUGCUGACAACACUUCUAAUGAGCAAUUUUAUGUUGAUUAAUUGGUUUAUGUUGCUUAACGAGAAACUUUUUGUUCUACACCUGUAUACAUUUUGAGGAGAUGCACUGCUUUUUUUCUUUCUUAUUGAAGGUAUUUAUGGUGUAAUCGCUGGAUUAUGUUACACCUGUUUUUCUACUAAUGCAUG